UCAAAGGCUUUGUAUGGUUUAAAACAGGCUCCUAGAGCAUGGUAUGAAAAACUAACCUCUUUUCUGAAAACUGAAGGUUUUGCCCAAGGCAAUGUAGACAAAACACUUUUCAUUAAGAAAGAAAAUGGGAUACAUUAGUAGUACAGAUAUAUGUUGAUGACAUCAUUUUUGGUGCAACCAAUCCAACUAUGUGUACAAGUUUUUGUGAGUUAAUGAAAUCUAAAUUUGAAAUGAGUAUGAUGGGAGAACUUUCCCACUUCUUAGGUCUGCAAAUCAAACAAACAGAUACAGGGAUGUUUAUAAGUCAGACUAGCUACAUUGAAUCGAUGCUUAAAAAAUUCAACAUGAACACAGUAAAUGCAUGUCAAACACCAUUGGCUACAAAUUUAAAAUUAGAUAAAGACAAGGCUGGUGUGUCUGUUUGUGAAAAGAAGUAUAGAGGAAUGAUAGGAUCUCUUCUAUAUCUAACAGCAAGUAGACCUUAUAUACAAUUCAAUGUUGGGGUGUGUGCUCGAUUCAGUCAGAUCCUAAGGAAAGUCACUUGAAAGCUGUAAAACGAAUAUUUAGAUAUCUUAAGGGAACAAUUGAGUUAGGACUGUGGUAUCCAUUUUCUAAUUCUUUUGAUCUCUCGGGCUAUAGUGACUCAGUUUUUGGGGGAAGUUUAGUUGAUAGGAAAGCACCUCUGGAAGCAUUCAAUUUCUAAGACCUGCUCUUGUCUCUUGGUUUAGCAAGAAGCAAGGAGCAGUUGCAUUAUCAACCGCUGAAGCGGAAUACCUUGCAGCAGGGAGCUGUUGUGCUCAAAUUAUGUGGAUGAAAACACAAUUAUUCGAUUAUGGAUUUAAAUUUCAGAAUAUCCCUGUUUGGUGUGAUAAUACAAGUGCAAUAUGCAUGACGAAAAAUCCAGUACAACACUCUAGGACUAAGCAUAUAGAAAUAAAGUAUCAUUACAUAAGAGAUCUAGUCCUAGCAGGCCAUGUUUGCAUACAUUUUAUACCAACAGAACACCAGCUAGCCGACCUAUUCACAAAACCCCUAUCUUGUGAACGUUUCACUUAUCUCUGCACCGAACUAGGGUUAAGAUCUUUUAGCCAAAUCUAGGGUCUAAAAGAUAAAGAACUCAUUGGGGGUGUUUGGCUCUAGGCGCUUUGCUUAUCUUGGUUUACUUAACAAGCUUCCUUUUUCGGCUCAUGUGUACUAACUCUAGAUUUUUCCUUAAUCACUGCACUCGGUUAAAACAAAAUGAACUCUUCGUAUUCCUAUCUUCCCCCGCUCUCCUGCUCUAUUUAAACCGAACUUCUAACCCCACCAUUCUUCACUCUUCUCCGAUAACAACAAACCUGAGACCACCUAAACAUCUCCCUACCAUCAACAAACUCAAAACCAGCCAAAAUGAGUGAUCAUUUGCCUCGACCCUUUCGGUUCGAUGGACUGGUUCAUACCUAUCCAGGCUACAUGUUUCUUGAGCCUGUGGUGAUAAACCAUCACCGUCACCUGCAACAUUUCGAAAACAGAAGGCUGCGCCACUUUAUCCAACUCAACCCUUAUGAGUUCAAUCUCUAUAAGUAUGAUAUCAUAUCUCUUAUAGAGGGUCUGGGAUGGGAUUAUCUCCUCCGUCAACCACUCCAUCUAGCCUGUCCCGGUGCAGUCAAGUACUUCUACUCAAAUCUUAGAUGUCAAGGAAUCAGCACUAGGAGCUUCUCAACAAUUUUCUAUGGUCACCUUUUGACCAUCCCAGUAGGAGCUCUAAAUGGAAUCCUUGGGUUUCUAGUUCAAGGGAUCGAUAUAGCCCAUCCCUCAGAGUUUUGGAAACAAGACUUCAUCCUACCCACUGAGUAUGCAAACUUCUGCACUGAACCUACAGGAGGGACUGAUGUGCCUAUUCCCAUCAGCUGGCUGUCUCCACGAUUGAGGAUUUUCCAUCACUUCAUCACUCACGUUUUCUUUCCUCGAUCAUACAACCUAGAUGUAGUCCUGCCCCUUGAUCUCUGGAUCAUUGCAAGCGCCACUGCAGGACACAAGCUAGACUACUCCAACCUUCUGUUUGCCAACCUCCUUCCAGCUGGGGAUGAGCAUUACCAAGGGCUGCUACCAUUUGGAUCUAUCAUCACUCGACUACUGGUCAACCUGGGAAUUCAUCUGUCAAAUUACCGAAGUGUGUCCCACACCAUGUAUGUUGGUGCCCUUAAUGUGCUGAUGAUCUUAGAUCUUCCUACUGACAUUGCCCCUUCACCUCCUCCUCUUCCCUCUACUUCCAUUCUGGGUCCUCGCCCAAAACCUGUGUCCACCAAAAAGGGAAAGUCUGCUGCUGGUGAAUCCACUAAAAAUGCAAAUUUGGUGUUUACAGUCUCUGUUGGAAACUCUCCCUCAGAUGACUCAGCUGCCUCUGCCCCAGAAGUCCCUUCCUCUCCUGUCUCCUAAUAUCCCUGCUUGUCCUGAGGGGGAAUUCUUAUUUAGCUUCGUAGUGCCUGUAGCUUUAAGUUUCCUUUUGUUAAGUAGUUUCUUGCUGCACCUCGUGUGUAUGCUGGUGUUCAGGGGGAAUUUUCUUUAAAGGAGUCGGUUCCUUUUGUAGUUGUUAGUCCCUAUGUUUCCCCAUAUUUUGUAAUUCUCUUCUGGCCUCCUAGUAAUAUAAAAGUAGUUGUUGUUUUUCUUCGAGUGCUGCUGUCUUCUCUUCUGUCUUUUAUUUUUCAGGCUUUCCCAGACUUCUCGGACGAAGGGGGAAAUUGAAGAAAGGUGUCGUCUCCCACAAGCUAUUUGAACGACGACGUUUUCCCUGCAACGGCACCGUCCAAGGAUUCGUCCUUCGAAGUCUUCUCCUCAAACUAAGAUUAUCGUUCUGCUCAAACCUAGCCUCCCAUCUAAAAGUAGCGGCAGCAAAACUCCAAGGAGUUCCUCGAUGAUCUUCCACAGACACCACCGACUCCAUGGCAGGUCAUGAUGAAGUCAAGGAGCGCAUCAGGCUACCAGCAAUGGUCAUCUUCUCUUCUUAGUAUAAAUACUUACUCUUCUUCUUCAAUUAGAAUUCGGCAGUCUGUAGUGAGAGAAACAGGAGAGUUCUUCAUCUACUUUGGGUCCAUAAGUGUAUUACUUUAGUAGCUUGACUCACAGUGUGUCAUCUGGGUGAGUUAGGCUUGGGAAGUGGGUUGUUGUUUGAGAGUUUCAACGUGCCAACCUCGUUGGCAUGGAUUAGAGAGUUCCUGUAUAAAACUUCUCUACUGUAAUUUCCUUUUAAAUUCAAUAAAUUAUCUCUUCUUUACAAUCUGUUUGAGAGAAGAAGAAGAGUCACCGGUCCGUUUUAGCAACUGCUUCCUUCCUCAGAGUCAACAAAAUUGUCAUCUCUAAGUAUAUGAAAAUAAAAAUUUGACAUCCCCGAUACCUAUAGGAAGGCAAUUUCUCUACUUUAUAAUGGUCACACUCUAAGCAGUUAUACAACUUGAGACAACAUUAAUAAGAUAGUGUAAGUCAGCCUCAUUUGUACACGAUAUGUGACCAUGUUAACAACAUUAAUGUACUUUUGCUGUGAAAUUAGGCAUGUCAAUUUGGUAUCAAUACACGUAUGGUAUGAAGAAACCAAUAAACAGAUGGCACCCCCAAAAGCCUUACAACUUAGCUAGCACCAUUGUACGUACACCAUUAACAAUCUGAUUCUCAUUGGAAUUUCCCAUUAAUCUCGUCCAUGUAAAGUCAUUCAUUGUAGUUGUACAACUAAAAAACGAGGACUGAAAACACUGCAGAGAAGUCCAAAUGCGUAAGCCACGACUGAGAUCACAGAGAUGAAGUCUGAAUAAUGCAGAAAUAGAUAGCAAGACUGCACUUGACCAUACGGCAUUGCUACUACUACUACUUUUUGGUUUUAAUUAAUAGCGCUCUCUCAAUCGGACCUUUUUGCCUGCUCAAUAAAUGCCCCUUAAACCUAAAAGGCCGAUGGCUAGGGUUCUUCUCUGGUCGCCGGGUUUCUCUCCAAAGAUAGGCCAGGAGGACACGUGAUUGGGUGAGAUGCUUCCAUUUGUGCUCCACGUACCACACCUAUGACCAAAAACAUUCCCUACAUACAUAGACCAAGAAGAAGAAGAAGAUGGGAGAAAGAAAGAAGCAAACGCCCUUUUGGGUUUUAAUUCCGCUAUCGACCUACAAGUUGUAAGCCAAAUUAAUAGCAGAAACUGACCUACCAUGCAACCACAAAUUGACUGCUGAACAAUCCCAACUGGCAACUUCUACUGAGGUUGCAGGAUUCCAAGGGAAUGACAAGUCAUAAUGAAAUCCCAUUUCCGUC